CAGCCCUGUUCCUCAGUUUCUGGUCUGGUGUUUCUCCAGUGUGGGUCCAUGUUUGCUUGGUCUUUUAUACAUUUCUACACUACAGAGUCCUUAAUCUUCAUCAAAUUGGCUUUUAGCACAUCAACCUUAUGGAUUUUAGGUUUUUAUUCUAUGCUCAUCCUAAUAAAUAAAGUUCCCCCCUGGAGAAUGUGAAAGAAUUAUAAAAGAAUUACACAACUCAUGACACUCAUUAGGACAUCUGGACUGGAAUAAUUUUAAAUAAAGAGCGGACAGGCAGCAAGGCCUACUCUUAGCCCUGGUCUACACUAGGAGUUGAGGUCGAAUUUAGCAGCGUUAAAUCGAUUUAGCCCUGCACCCGUCCACACAAAGCUCUUUUUUCGACUUAAAGGGCUCUUAAAACCGAUUUCUUUACUCCACCCCUGACAAGGGGAUUAGCGCUGAAAUUGGCCUUGCUGGGUCGAAAUUGGGGUACUGGGGAUGCAAUUCGACAGUAUUGGCAUCUGGGAGCUAUCCCAGAGGGCUCCAUUGUGACCGCUCUGGACAGCACUCUCAACUCAGAUUCACUGACCAGGUAGACAGGAAAAGGCCCGAGAACUUUUGAAUCUCAUUUCCUGUUUGGCCAGCAUGGCAAGCUGCAGGUGACUGCAGAGCUCAUCAGCAGAGGUGACCAUGAUGGAGUCCCAGAAUCGCAAAAGAGCUCCAGCACGGACCGAACGGGAGGUAUGGGAUCUGAUCGCUGUAUGGGGAGAGGAAUCCGUGCUAUCAGAACUCCGUUCCAGUUUUCAAAAUGCCAAAACAUUUGUCAAAAUCUCCCAGGGCAUGAAGGACAGAGAGCAUAACAGGGACCCGAAGCAGUGCCACAUGAUACUUAAGAAGCUGAGGCAAGCCUACCAGAAAACCAGAGAGGCAAACAGCCACUGCGGGUCAGAGCCCCAAACAUACCGCUUCUAUGAUGAGCUGCAUGCCAUUUUAGGGGGUUCAACCACCACUACCCCCACCGUGUGCUUUGACUGCAUCAAUGGAAAGGGAGGCCACACGGAAGCAGAUUUUGGGGAUGAGGAAAAUGAUGAUGAUGAGGUUGUAGAUAGCUCACAGCAAGCAAGCGGAGAAACCGGUUUUCCUGACAGCCAGGAACUGUUUCUCACCCUGGACCUGGAGCCAGUACCCCCCAAACCCACCCAAGGCUGUCUCCUGGACCCGCCAGGCAGAGAAGGGACCUCUGCUGCAUGUGUUUCAAGGAUCUUCUCCUUCCCAGAGGCUAGCAAAGAUUAGAAAGUGAAAAAAACGCACUCGCGAUGAAAUGUUCUCUGAGCUCAUGCUGUAAGCUCCCACACUGACAGAGCACAGACGAAUGUGUGGAGGCAGACAAUGUAAGAGUGCAGGAAAGCACAAAAUGACCGGGAGGAGAGGUGGCGGGCUGAAGAGAGUAAGUGGCGGGCUGAAGAGAGGGCUGAAGCUGAAAGGUGGCAGCAGCGUGAUGAGAGGGGGCAGGAUUCAAUGCUGAGGCUGCUGGAGGAUCAAACCAAUAUACUCCAGUGUAUGGUUGAGCUGCAGGAAAGGCAGCAGCACAGACUGCCGCUACAGCCCCUGUGUAACCAACCGCCUUCCUCCCCAAGUUCCAUAGUCUCCUCACCCAGAUGCCCAAGAACGUGGUGGGGGGCCUCCGGCCACUCCACCCCAGAGGAUUGCCCAAGAAACAGAACGCUGGCAUUCAAUAAGUUUUAAAGUGCUGGGUGGCCUUGUCCUUCCCUCCUCCACCAACCCACCUGGUGCUUUCCCCCUCCUCCACCCCUCCCGGGCUACCUUGGCAGUUAUCCCCCUACCUAUGUGAUGAAUU